AUGCGGAUCACUUUGCUCGCUACACUGCUGCUCUUGUCGACCUUGGCUUGCUGUCGACGACAUACAAGAUCAUCCGCGCCAACUUGUGUUUCAGACUGUCAAAAAUCACUUGCUGAGCAUGGCUUGCUUGCCGACGACAUGAAGGGUGCAUAUUUUCAGUGUUUGAUCAAUAUCUGCAGCGCCAAAUCCUAUGGUCGGGCCCUGGCAUACUCCGUUUCUGCUUGCUGUGAUGCUGGCACCAACAUUAUUCCGCUGUAUCCUAUCGAAGUUCGCCAGUCCCAAGGACAUAAACGAAGUCUGCAAUCCGAGCCGUCAGACAGUACACGCAGCAGAAGCAAAUUUACACCAGUCAAUCUAGAUUUCGACCUAUCUCGCGAUUUUGCUGUUGUGUUAUCCUGCAAUACCGGGCAAGAUGGUGUGGUUACUAUGUCUCUCGCAGCGCCCCAACCCACAACUCCUUCUCCAUCCAUGGACAAAAAUGAGGAAUUUUUCCUCGUAAAUGAGACCCCUACCACGGUUGCUUCCGCCAUAAGGGCCACAAAGUCUGACAAGGCUGUUCUUAUGGAUGCUUCUCGAGGAACUGGAAGUGACAUCACGACAGAUUGCGGAUCUUUGAAUGGAGAUCAACGCACAUCUUCUGGGCAAACAACCAUGUCUACAGCAUUUACUACUCCGACCCAAACUACUCCUUGCAAUUCAAAUGGAUAUGCCUUUGGUAGCAGCUCACCUUCCUCAACAGACCAUGGUUUUGGUCAGACCUCAUCUACAACUGGCCGAAUGAAUUCAGCCGCUCCAUGCACAUCUUCAUAUGCCACAAGAUCCGAGAAUAGCCAAGGAUCACCACGACCGACAUCUUGGUCAGAGUCAGGUUUUGGGACUUCGGGGAGUUUGACCUCAAGCUGCACUUCGUCCACAUCUCAGGCUGACAGAGCAUCCAACAGCUGGCGCUCAUCAGACCCGAAUUCUCCUACAGCCGACUGUUCUGACGGAGUCGAUCGUUCUUCCAUAGCUGCAGGAUCUCGGACUUCGACAUACGGAUCCCAGACAUUUGACAGUAAUUCGUGGUCCACGACCAGGGUUUCAGAUACAGAGACUCCUUGCUCAUCUGACUUAUCAAGCCUCAAUGGAGUUUCCUUUCAGAGCUCCAGGGCUACGUCGACUUCAAGCCGUUUCAGUUCGGCGUCUACGUCUUGUACUGAUAGCAGUCGAGCUUCAAGCGCAACCUCCGCGAACCCUGAUUCUACCCCCUGCUCCUCUGUGGCAGGCUCUGGCACAUCGCGCCGUCAGCCCGAAACGGCUUCUAUUUCCAACUCAUUGUCUAGUACUUCUAGCUACACAUUCACUACAUCUACGAGCUCUGAAGGCGGUUUUGCUGCUAGCCCAGCUGCCUACACUUUUGCAUCUCCUUCUUUGCCUCCUGCAUACAUUCCGCCAUUGGAGGAAUAUGGUUAUGGAACUCCACCACCUGUAUAUGGAUUUCCUACUCAAACGAAUGGCGUUGAUGGUUCUUGGUCAUCAAUGUCCACUUACACAAGCUCUGCACCCACUCGAGAAUCCAACUCCGCGUCGGGACGACAAAAUUCAGGUCCAGCUAUAUACGAUACUAGCACCGGGGCGCCGACACAAAUGGCACAAGUUGCUCCAGUUCAUGCGACAAACCCAGUCCCGGAGGCAACACCAUUGAAGGAUACCUCCGAAACAGUCAAGGUCACCCUUAUUUCCUCAGUUGAAGGAGAGGGUAUGCGGACAACAAUCCUGACAGUACACCAGGCUCAAGCAUCUUCACUUGCGAUCCCCUCGGCUAUUGUCUUAAACAAUCCUGCUGACACCAGGAAAAAUUCAAGUACAGCUAGUGGAAACUCGGAGUCCGGCGGGCAGGAUUCUGGAUCAGUCGGUGACAUUGGUGAUUCUCCUGGUGUGGAUCACGAGAUGUCAAUGCCCGUAUUUGUUGGAGCCUCAUCAACGACUGAGCCGAGCCUGUGUGCCGUUGUGGGCACUGUUUUACUUGCAGCCGGCUUUGCCAUAUGCACUUUGUAA